AUGGAUGCCAGCUGCCCAUCCACCAAGAUCUGGAUUCUUUCACGUCCGAGUCGUCGCGACCUGAUAACACAGUCUCCCCAUAAUAAUAUUGAACAACAGUCAGGUCAGGUCAGCGUUUUAAGCUGUCAGGCCAGGUCCAGGUCUGGUUUGUCAAAAGCCCAUGCACCUCCGCGGAUCAUUAAUCGUCUGUCCUCCAAACAAACCUACCAUUCCAUCGUGAUUCACGCUCUUGGCACACAACCCAAACACCGUCUGCAAAAAGACAAGCAUUCUCGAAUUCUUAGACCCAUCGAAUACCUCCAAAGCGGAUCCAACAGAACAAGAGAAGAAGGACUCGAGAAUGUGACUGGAUACCUCCCAACACCAAAGAACCGCCGCGCCCCGGAAAGAGACUCCAGGGGACCCUCUGCUCAAACCCACCAGCCAUAA